UGUGAAUGCUACCCGCAAAUGGCUCGCCUUUCCGACCUCCUCUCAAAACCCCUGAUAUCAAGGAUUUAUUUAAGCUCCGGUUUCAGGGCGCGGAGGACAUGGGUAAGCGGAGCGGGGAUGACUAAUUCCGCUGUUGAUCGGAUUAAUUUGUCAUAUUCCCCCAGCGGCUGAGACUCGCGCCCUUCCUUUCUGACACCUCACAUUUUCAUCCAGCCGCGGGAUCGAGUAUGGCAGAAACAAAGGAAAAGGUAGUCAUUGUUGGGGCAGGCCCCGUGGGGUCUCUGGCUGCGCUCUAUGCUGCCGAUCGAGGCGUCGAUGUGGAGUUAUACGAACUUCGUGGAGAUCUCCGCAAUGCUACGACGACCCCCCUGAACUUCACCAAGUCCAUCAAUCUAGCCAUUUCAGAACGAGGUAUCAAUUCUAUGGUACGGACCAAUCGGCCAGGUUUUGUAGAUGCUAUUAUGAACGAAACAAUCCCCAUGCGGGGUCGGAUGAUUCACAGGAAGGAUAACUUGGGCAACCUGACACAAGAGCCCCAGGCAUAUGAUGUUCAUGGCAGGCAUAUAAACUCUAUGGACCGCGGCACGCUUAACGAACUUCUCCUCAACGAGCUCGAGAAAUGCCCAAAUGUAAAGCUCUUGUUCAAUCACAAGCUAACCGGUGCGGAUUUCAAAAAUAAGAAAGCUUGGUUUGAGCGUAGGAACCCUGAGGACGUCAAAGAUGUUACUACCAGCACCACGCACAACGGCAAGCCAAUUGCCAUCACUAGAGCGCCGGAGAUCGAAGUCACCUUCGACUUCCUUAUUGGUGCCGAUGGCGCCCACUCCGCCACCAGAUUCCAUCUUAUGAAAUAUGCUCACAUGGACUAUCAGCAAGAAUACGCCGAUGUACAGUGGUGUGAGUUCCAAAUCAAGCCGACGGACACUAAUGAUUUCGCCAUCUCGCCAAAUCACCUUCACAUCUGGCCUGGGAGAGAGUUCAUGUUCAUCGCGCUACCAUCGCCGGAUAAAACCUUCACAUGCACCCUUUUUGCACCAGAAGCCCAGUUCGCCGCGCUGGAAAACGCUCCGGAAACCAUCUUCGAAUUCUUCGCCAAAUAUUUCCCCGGCGUAUCACCGGAACUCAUCCCACCAAGCUCCCUACAGGAGCAGUUCAAUUCGAACCCGCACCUGCCGCUCAUCAGCAUAAAAUGCUCACCGCACCACUUCGGCUCCAGCGUCGUGAUCGUCGGCGAUGCUGCGCACGCCAUGCUGCCCUUCUACGGUCAGGGCCUAAACGCCGGGCUUGAAGACGUGCGCAUCCUCUUCGAAUUUCUAGAUGACUACGGUGUGUACAAGCGCCCCCCGACCCCGUCUCAGGGAGCACAAGAAAAGGUCGAUACCAACAAUGCUCGCGCCGCGGCUCUAGCCGCAUACACAAAACAUCGCAUCCCAGAUGCGCACGCUAUCAAUGACCUGUCACACUGCAAUUACAUUGAAAUGCGCUGGGGGGUGACAUCGCCGCUUUACUUGCUGCGCAAGUCGGUCGAAGAGAUGCUUGACCGGCACUUACCGUUUCUGGGCUGGUCAACACAGUACGCCCGUGUUAGUUUUAGUAAUCAAUCAUACUCUGUGAUCGAGAGGAAGGCAAAGCAACAGGGUUUGGUUUUGACCAGUGUGUUGACGGUUAUAUUGGCUUCCGUUGUAGGGGUUGGUGGGUUUUUCGGCUGGAAAGGGAUGUGGUUGGCGCGAUUGGGAAGGUUGGUGAAGGGCUUGGGAAAGCGAAUUUCCUAAGGAAACUUUUUCCUCGUUUUAGCUAGGGCUAGGUGAUAUGCGCGUUGGCUCUAGCUAACAUUGUCGAUUUUGUUUGGACAACGUAUCAGAUUUCCGUUGUUUUGUUUUGGAUAUCCAUUGAGCAGUGUGUAGAAGCAUAUAUGAGCCUCUAGACAGAAAUAACAUGUAUACCCAAGAUAUUUAUGCCUAUUGGUUUUGCUGCUGAACUGGGAUUUUUGGAUUAAUUGUUAAAUUCGAUUUCCUUACAUCCGAAGCAAUGGAUUUACUAUGAGCAGUGCAUUCAAAUAUAUUUUGAUAUUGGAUGGCUAACCUUGACUUGCAAUGGAAAGGUGACAGAAAAUAAAUUGCGUAAGCCAAGUAUUGAUCCAAAAAAGAAAUGAAAGAAAAGAUGAUAGAAGAUAUUUAGACAUAUCAAUACAGUACGUAUAUACUAUAUGUAACAUAGAGCAAAGAGCACAUGUAAAACCUGAAUAUAUCCAAAG